AGCUCGCUGCCCCUGUUCCUCCGUCUCUUUUUUUGCGCUCAUUUGGCACAUUUUAAUCCAUUUCAUGUAGUAAUUUUACUACACAUAUCAGCGGAGUAUUUUGACAUCUUAAAACACGAGUAACCAUGAAUGUUUGUAGGAUAAAAUAGUGUCGUAAAUGCGCUAGCUUAGCCUUACAUGCUGUAGUACGGCGGCUUUUGAGGGUCAAUGCAAUUUCCGUUACCAGUUUUAAUCGACAACAGUAUAGAAUAUUGACUACUGUUCUUUAUAGGGUAAGGUUCUAUUUAAAUAUUGAUGUGGUGUGACAUUUUUUACUCUUAGACAGGGGGUUAGCGACGAGACACGGUAGUCACGUGACACCAUUUUUUUUAACCAGCUCAAGUUUCCGGCGUCGUCAACAGCAUAGUCACGUGAUAUCAAACCACGUGUGCCAACAACAGUGACAUCUCGUUUCGCUCUUUGUUUUGCACCAAUGACACCAUAAAGGCUCAAGUCUUGUUGGAGGGGUGGGUUGGGAUAGCAUUCAAAAAAAGUUGAAAGUGUUUCGGCUCGUUGCACCGCGAUGAGUGCCAACCGGCGGAGCUCUGCAGCGAAGAGUCGGGGUGACGGCGAUGCUUCGCGGUGCAACAGAGAAGCAUGUCAACCGUGCACCCUGCCUAGACUCCACACUGGGGCGUGCAAGUCCCAGGCAACCAAAGCCGUGGAGACAAGGAGGCAGACUCCCUUUAUCAGAAGUGAAGAUGGCAGGACGAAACUGCCGCCGAUCGGUCAGGUGGAGACAUGCCAACUGACUCCCAGGCGCAGUCUCAAUGAGCUCAACAGCAAAAAUGGCGACCUUCAGCUGAAGUUGAUAGUAGUCAAGACAGGCCACAGACUGCUGAAGAAUGUGCUGCACCGCCACUCGGCGGCGCUGCAGCACUACCAACACCUGGAGGGCAGCAUGACUCAGAUACAAAACAGUCACAUCAACGAGGUCAAGGCCAUUCAAAGGUUGCUUGGCGACACGCGCAACAGCUGCGACGCUCUGGGAAAGAAGCUGCAGGACGCCCAGAAGGAGCUGUUCGACUCGAAGGUAAAGAUCCUGCAGCUUGAGACGCAGAUCCUCCAGAGCCCCACCUUGCUGGAGAAGGAGGCGCUCAGCCAACGGUUGGAGGAGGCGGCCGAGGAGAUGAGGGAGAAGGACAAGCGGAUAUGGAAUUUGGAGAGGAAUAACAAGUUACUUCAAAGUACUCUCCAUCGCCACGUGGCAGCGGAGCAGAGGAAGCUGUGCAGGAGCAACGAGAUGUUCUACUGUCUGCAAACGCAAGUUUACGAUCUAACCAAAGAAGUUCAAGAACGAAGGAGAGAGUCGAAAAGCCACAACAUUUCCGCUCUCAGGCUCGAAGUUGUAGAAAACAGGAAAGACAAAAUAAAUAAGAUGAUCCAGACCGAUGAAAUCCUCCCUUCACCCAAAGAGGUGGAGUGUUGCCUCAAGUCCGAGCCAGAUGAUAAUAGCAGCUCAUCGAGCUCGGAUUACUUACCGCAGCGGCCGGUAGCAGUUAGAUACUUUAACAGGAACGUGCAGCGUACUCGGAAACUUCCAGACUUAAAGGAACCCCCCGAUCAUCAAACAGCAGGAGACAUUAUCGAAGAAAAGGAGGUGACGGAGGCCUCGCAGGUGUCCGAGGAAGAGGAACAAGGGGAGGAUAAGAGAAAAAGUCCAGUCUCCUGCAGAAUUGAUCAGGCCAUCGUCUCAACUUCCCCCACGGAUGAUAAGAAACCAGAGAGGCUCGGCCUAAUUCGACGUAGGUACGUCUUCUCACCGGUGACGGAGAACCUGCACAUGGGGAGACCAGCGCACAGCAAUUUGGAGCAGUGGGAGGGCUCCAGCGACACAGAGGAGACAUCUGGCGGUCCGAAAUCCACACAAGCGCCAGCUGAGAAACCAGGACUAAACACAGAUAAGGUAGACGACCACCGAGCUACUCAGUCGGACCUUUCAAGUCAUGGCGGCCAUUACUCAUGAUUGUUGCAGCAUCACUAAACAAGACGUGUUGCCACGACGACUAAACGCUGGCCGAGUAUUGAGCCUUUUUGGCUGCGUGGGGCCGCCGUAGCUUUCGCUAGUGUACAUGACAUGCAGCACGGACUCGGAACACGCUUCCGUGAGUGGACGCGCCAGGUGCGAAAGUGGAACCCUCAAAGAUUAUGUUACAUUGCAGGCCAAAGUGGCCAAAAUCAGAUUUUUUUUUAAAUCAGAUUUUUUCCAGCUGACUGCAAGUAAAAUGUGAUUUUUAUUAGACUCCAGUGUAAACACGCAUUGGCCCCAAUGUGGCAACAAUGUGGCCCCUUGCAUGCUCACUUCGAUAAAGUGAAAUCAAAGGAAGUUGACCGGGAGGAAGUUGCUACUACUACAAAAUAAAAUACAAGUCGCCACACCCUAAAAAUUUGUUUUUUUUACAUAAAAGUAAUAUAAUGUAGAAUGGAGGUAUCUAGUGUAAUAUAUUUGGGAAGAUUGUAAUAUUUUUAUGGCUGUUAAGUAGAGGAGACUCAGACAUCAUCGUGAAUCUACGGGUGCUUUAUUUUUCAAUUCACAUGUAAGCAAAUGCGCCAGUGUCGAUUCCGGUCUUACAACAAUAGCUAUUUCUUCGGAAUCAAAAAUAAAUAUUCAUAUAUUACAUAUAGCCUAUUAUUUGCGUACUAUUGACAAGUGAUGCACCGAAAAUGUGGUCAUCUGAAAUAGACUUUGCUCGCCGACACAGGAUGUUGUGAUGAAAUAUCCACUUCCGCUGGCAACUGCGUCUUUCACGGUGCACACGAGUGACGUAACUCGCCCAAAGCUGACAAAAAAGUCACAUUCAGGUCGCAUUGCAUUUAGACUGAGGUCACAUUUGAAAAGAUCAGAUUCUAAUCGGAUGUGGCCUGAAUCGCAAGCCAAAAGAUCAGAUUUAAAGCACUUUGGAGCGUUUAGUCUGGCAAAAAAAAAUCUGAUCUGUGUCACUUGAGGGCAAAAAAAAAUCGGAUUUGGUGUUCAGUGUAAACGUGGCCAAAGUGGUACAAUUUUAGAGGUCAACCCAAGAUUUCUAGUAAAAAAUAAAUAAUCAUCAUUGAUGACGUCACUAAAUCUCGUAAGACGUUGUCACCGCAGAAGGAAAGAGGUAAAGUGUGACGAUAACAUGGAAUCAGAAAUUAAACAUACCGCAUUUUUAUGUAUUUUUUAUAUUUUUACUAAUGCUUUACUGUAAAUGCAUACACUUUACACACAGAAGUAACUGCGCUAAUAAUGGUUGCUGACAACAUUGUACAAAAAUAAAAUGUAAUACAUGGGACAGUUUGACUUUG